CACUGGAAUGUCGACAGACAGGGAGUGAUACAGUGGACCUCACCAUGCUUUCCCAGCCUGGUGGGCUGGCCCUCCUCUGCUUUCUGCUGAGUCUGCAGGGGUCUCUGGCUGCAGUCUUCAUUACGCAGGAGGAAGCCCAAAGUGUCUUGCGCAGACAGAGGCGUGCCAACUGGUUCCUGGAGGAGCUGAUGCCGGGCUCCCUGGAGAGGGAGUGCAAGGAGGAACAGUGCUCCUUCGAGGAGGCCCGGGAGAUCUUCAGGAACAAGGAGAGACUGGAGAAGUUCUGGAUUUCUUACACAGAUGGGGACCAGUGUGCCUCGAAUCCGUGCCAGAACGGAGGCUCCUGUGAGGACCAGUUCCAGUCCUACAUCUGCUUCUGCCCUGAGGAGUUCGAGGGCCGGCACUGUGAGACAAACAAGGAUGACCAGCUGAUCUGCGAGAACGAGAACGGGGGCUGCGAGCAGUACUGCAGGGACCACGUGGGGGCCAAGCGCUCCUGCUGGUGUCACGAGGGGUACACACUCCAGACCGACGGGGUGUCCUGUGCACCCACAGUUGAAUAUCCAUGUGGAAAAAUACCUGUUCUGGAAAAAAGAAAUGGUAGGCAAGAGCAAGGCCGAAUUGUGGGUGGCAAGGUGUGCCCCAAAGGAGAGUGUCCUUGGCAGGCUGAGCUGAAGCUGAAUGGGGCGCUGCUGUGCGGGGGCACCCUGAUCAACGCCACCUGGGUGGUCUCCGCAGCCCAUUGUUUCGACAGAAUGAAGAACUGGAAGAACCUGACAGUGGUAGUGGGUGAGCAUGACCUGAGUGAGGAGGACGGUGACGAGCAAGAGCGGCAUGUCACUCAGGUCUUUGUCCCCAACAAGUACGUCUCAGGAAAGACGGACCACGACAUUGCCCUGCUCCGCCUGAGCAGGCCUGUGGCCUUCACUGACUACGCAGUGCCCCUGUGUCUGCCUGAGAAGGCCUUCUCUGAGAGGACCUUGGCCUUCAUUCGAUUCUCAACUGUCAGUGGCUGGGGGCAGCUUCUCGACAGGGGCGCCACGGCCCUUGAGCUCAUGGCCAUCGAUGUGCCCAGGCUGAUGACCCAGGACUGCCUGGAGCAGUCGAAACAGAAGCCAGGCUCCCCGAAGAUCACAGAGAACAUGUUCUGUGCUGGCUACCUGGAUGGGAGCAAGGACGCCUGCCAGGGGGACAGCGGGGGCCCGCACGCCACCAAGUUCCAGAGUACGUGGUACCUGACAGGUGUCGUCAGCUGGGGUGUGGGCUGUGCAGCCGAAGGCCAGUUCGGGGUGUACACCAGAGUCUCCCAGUACAUCGAGUGGCUCCAAAGGCUCAUGAGCUCAGAAGUCCACUCAAAAGGCCUCCUCCGAGUCCCGCUCCGCUAGUCCCCCAGUGUUGGCUCCACGCACCCGGCUCCCGCAAAAUAAAGCUGCUGUUGCUUGGGUUGUCCUGGCUUCAAAUCCCAUAACUUCUUCUGCCCUUGUUGGGGAGGGAAUAGAGGGGGAGGGGAUAAGGAGAGGGAGGGAGAGAAAUGGAGAGACUGAGUGAGACAGAGAAGGAAAGAAAGAGCGAGAGGAGAGAGCGACCAAGAGAAGGAAAGUAGCGAGAAUGAGGGGUGGGGAGAGACUGAGAGAUGGAGGGAAAGGUGGGGACAAGCCUAAAGAAAGACCUUAGGAGUGAGGAGCAGAGGAGAGGGGCUGAGAGAGAUGGAGAGGCUCAGAGAAAGUGAGGGAGGGGCUCUAAAGAGGAGGAGGUAGAGACUCCAAGAUUCACAGAGAGAGACCUAGGGAAUAGAAAGGUGAGCGACACAGGACAGUUGGUGAGGGGGAUGGGAAGCCCUGCAGCGCAGACACGGGGAAGUGACCGCGUCUCAAGUGCACACCUCUGCUGCAUUUCCCUGCGGACGCAGCCAGAGUGGCAUGUAUGUGUUCACCCGGUGAUGUGUGCUACAUUCUGAGGGCUGUCUUUUAACUUACAUUUCUUCCUUUCUAUACAAGUAUUUUGUCUUUGUUUCAAAUAAAUCGGGAGCAUCACCCACUCACUUUGCUGG